GCUACUGGCGUGGGACCCGUUAGGCUGUGUUAUGACGAACAGUCCCUCGCAUUGCUGUUGCUUUGGCUACUCCCUGUAAUCAUCCCUCUCGUGUGCUUUGCUGUGUUUUGAGCCCCUUGGUUUUCUCUGUCUGUGCCAAUCCCAGAGGACCCCAUGCGCCCGCCUCUUCUACUUUUACUCGCCUUCAAAUCCAGUUUGGCUUCAUUCCUGCCCUGCCCUCUGAACUCGCAGGAGCCGCGCCACGUCCUGCUCAGACCUGCGCUUGCCUGCCUGCCUGCUUGCUUGCCAUUUGAAGAAGCACUGCCAAGUAGGGCAGGACUCCCACGUGGAGCCACACUCACUGCUCGGCAUCAGCGCCCACCUUGUGUCUGACACAUGAGGACGUCACUCAGGUUACACAGCUCAAGAGAUGACCCUGGUCCUGUCCAUGAAUACGUUCUGCGAGCACAGAGCCUCGGAAGGAGACCCCGAAAUCCCAGAGUACCAGCCCCUCUGGGAGAGCGAGCCCUGCUUCAGGGUCCACACUGCAGGGGGCACCCCGCUGGAAUGCGUUGCUGAUCACUUGGCACAAGCUGAGUGUCACUUCCAAAGAGGGACCGUCCCACUGGCAGCGUCCAGGAUUGCGUACUUUAAGAGGAAGUACGUUGAGGAGAAGGACCCCCACCCGGCCCUGCACGGGUUGUGCCCACGAGUGAGGCCCGGCUUUGAGGACCGCACCCACGUUCUGAGGCUGUCCCUCGACAAGCUGCGCUUCAUCGAAGACCCCGAGGCCUUCCUCUGCCGCUCCGUCCUCGUCAACAACCUUCUGCGGCGGCUGCGGGCGGAGAUCCUCCUCCAGAGCAACUGGUGCUUCCCCGCGCCUCUUCAGCUGUCCGCCGUGCCCAGCCCCCCGAGCGGCCACUGCCCGUGGGAGACCCCCGCCGCGGCCUCGUGCUUCGGCCAGACCGAGAGGCCGUACCGCAAGCGCUUCCGCGCGACGCCGCAGCCCGACGACUGCCUCGAUGGCUGUUGUUGUUAUUAUGGGGGCUGCUACUUGCGGCUGCCCUUCCCUGUCUGCCAUGAGACCCCAUCCUCCUCCACCUCCUCCUCCUCCUCCUCCUCCUCGUCCCCCUUCUGCUUGUCAUCCUCAGCCCUCAGCCACCAGCACGUCACGUACGAGGAAGAGGCCAAACUGGACAGGCUCUACCCCCACGCCAGGCAGCACGAGAUGCGGGAAGCCGAGGGUCCGUCCAAGCAGGAGCUGACGUUCGGCUGUGUGGGGGGCGACGGGGCGUCGCAGCUCGACCAGGUGCUUCAGAGUGACUUGCUAGCUUGGGAGAAGGACGCGGAGCCGCUGGCCUGGCGGGAGGACAUCCAGGGGACGCAGCACGCGCCCCCGUUGUGCUGCGGCGGGGAGGAAAAUGUAAAGCGGCAGACGUUUGGGGGAGACGCCCUGAGACCCCCACACAGCCUGAAGAAUGGACAGAGUGAGUCGUAGGGCCACUUGGGGGACAGAGAGGCGGCCUUGGCGAGCCGAGCAGAACUCCGACUGGUGCCUUAGCUUCUCUUCUCAUCGGUUUGUGACUCGGCGUCCUUGCCGUCGUCGGGAAUUCAGUGGUGGACGAUGAGCUCAAAACGUGAAACGGUCUUUGUGGGACAGGCAGUGGCACGACACGACGGCCAUGGACCGUGCCACCCCAGCCCCUGAGCCCAAAUGCUGUCUUUUCUUUCCUUUUUCUUUUUUGCCCGUUGUGUUGGCUCACUUUUGUAAUUCAUUUUUGAUUUGAACCCGGGGCCGGAGCCGGAAGUCAGGCCUGGGUGGACGAAUGCUGGACGGCGGCCUGCCCUGCUGCCAAUCAUUAAAGAGAGAAGGCGGAAUGG